AUGGGCCUUCUUGUCAGCGGGCGACCGCUGGAGGUCCAGCACUUUGGCUUUCAGCUGCUCCAGACGCUGGUGUCCUCCCAGUGGGAGAAGUUCAGUGCUGAUGAGCACAUCCAGCUGGCCCGCCUGGCUCUGAGCCUCUUCCAACAAGUGGGAAGGGACCGGGAGGGGUGGGCGGUGCGAAGCAAAGCUGCACUGGUUCUGGCGCUGGUGGCGAAGCGGCAGGGGCCCAGCAUGGUGCAGGAGCUGCUGCCACAAUUAUUAAACAUUGCCAGGGAGAGCCCCACACACACAGAAAUGGUGUGCAUGGUGCUGCGGUUGGAGGCAGAGGAGCUGACUCAGUACACUGAUGACCUGGACGCUGACCAGAAGAGGGAGCUGCUGGGGGCGCUGCUGCACUCCCUCGACUCCACUCUUCAGGAUCAUUUUGGGGAGGCUAUGGCCGCGCAAGGCAGGGGAGACAGCUCAGCUGCAGCACUGCACAAUGGCGUUGUCACCGCCGCUAUAGAGGCAGUGCAGGCGUAUUUGGAGUGGUCGCCUCUGGGGCGCGUGGGAGCAAGCGGGCUGCUGAGCGCGUGCGCGUAUCUGCUGACCGUUCCCUCCCACCGCAUGGGCUCCUGCGGCAUGCUGCGCCAGGUGUCGCAGCGCAGACAGCUGCAGGAGGAGACUGGCGUGUACAAUUCUGUCAUGGCGACAGCUGGCGAGGCGCUGAUGCACGCGGCCGGUCAGCUGCUGGCGCCCGAAAGCGCUCGCCAGCUGGACUAUGACGGGGAUGCGGACGAGUUUGGGCAGUACUUGUGUGAGACCAUGGCCGGCUUCGGCACCAGAUCAGCCUUUUGGCAUGUGUUGGGAACGCACAUGCUGGCGUUCACGCAGCACGCGUACAUGCUGCUGGCGGCCAAGGCGAUGCCCUUCUGGACGAGCCUGCUGACCUCCACGGAGCGCUCUGCUGCGCGCAUCGAACCACUGGCGCCAGAAAACUCGCCUAUUCCCCUGGAGUGCGUCGUCGUGCUCAUGGACCUCGCAGGCGAGCAGCUGCGCAAGGGCGUGCAUCUGGUGGAGGCUGACACGGAGCUGCCACCCUUCUUCGACACCUUUGAGGACUACCGCGAGUUCUGCCUCGACUACCGCUCCUCGCUCGGCAAGAUCGCGCGUCUCACCGCCUGCCUGCUCCCCGAGCCGGCCCUGGCCGCCGCCUCCCGCCGCCUGUCAUCCGCGCUGGGAGUCUGCUCCGCCUCCGGCGCCAGCCUGGAGGAGCAGCAGAGCCAGUUUGAGGCGGCGGUGGUGUUCCUGGACUCGGUAGUCACCCAGGUAUCAGCGGCGCACCUGGCCGACCCGAAGCCCGGCAGCGCUGCAGCAGACAAAGCCGGCAUCCUCCGCGAGCUGCAGGCCCUGCUGCAACAGCUGCUGCAGGCGCGGCUGUCGGACCCCACGCUGCUGAAUUGGCACUGCCGCGCGCUGGAGGCCUUUGCACGAUGCGUUUCAGCCUUCCCAGACCUCAUGCCCGUCAUUAUGCAGAAGGUGUUCGACAUGUUCUCAUACGUGCAAUUUGAGGGAGAUCCCCAGGACAUACCCCCGCCCCACCCCCCACCGGGCUGGAAGGAUGCAUUCACCGCCCAGCACAGAGCGAUGCGGCCGCACCUGACGACGCUGGCAGGGCGCAUGGAGGAGAUGUGGGCAGCGCAUAAGUUGGGCACGGGCGAGCGCAACGUCCUCUGUGAUGCCAUGCUGGCAGCCUCCGCCUCUGGGGGCCCCGAGCUGCGCACACAGGUGGUGGAGUGGGUGCUGGGCAGCAUCAGGAGCGUGUGGUCGGAUGCAGCCUGGCAGCAGCACCUGUCCAGCACCUCUGCAUUCCUCGCGCGCUUCAUGCCCCUGCAACACAGCCAGCAGGGCGCUGUGGAGAUCGAGGGGCGGCUGGCGCGGUGGGAAGUGUUCCACCAUGUGCACAUGAUCAGCCGCACAGUCAAGCGCAUGCCCGCAUGCAGCUCGCUGACUAAUGCUGAGUCAGUCCCCGGGUCCGCCGGCUGGCACGCGCUGAACGGCCACCUGCCGUGGAUGCUGGGUCCCGUGCUGCAGAUUGUGCGCUGCCUGCACUCCAUCUACUCCCCACAGGCGCUGGCGGCCCUGUCAGAGGUGGCGGCUGCGCUGGAGAUGGGUCCCCGGGAGAAGGCGCUCUACCUGAAGCACCGCGCAAAGGCCGCCGCGGCUGCGCAGUCCGAUGAGGAAAUGAGGGAAGAGCUGUAUCAGACGCUGGGCGCAAUGGCGUCACAGAUUGCGGGAUGGUACCAGAUGACGGCGGUGCUGCCCGCCUGGGCAGCCGCAAUCGUGGGGGACCUGCCCAUAAUGCCCAACCAGCACCUUCGCUUACUCACCCGCCACGUCAUCAGCCCCCUAGUCAAAGCCUGCCCACCAGCGCACAGGAACACAUGGCUGCUGCCAAUACUGGCGCCGCUGCUGCCGCAUGUGCUGGCACGGCUCAGCGCUGACUGGACGCGCGUCGUGGCCUCCUCCGGCGCACAGGCGGCGGCUGCGGCUGUGAACGGAGCGCACACGUCAGAGGCGGCUCCCGAGGCCGAGUCUGAAGUGAUAGCGGAGCGGCUGUUGCGGGAGCUGACUGCCGAGCAUGUCGGGCUACUCACAACAUUGCAGGACACAGGGUCGGGGGGUAUAGGGGCGGAGAGUGCGAUGGCGUGGCUGGCGCGGGAAGCGCCGGACACAGCGCUGUGCGCAGCCGUCACCGCCACUGCCGCCCUCUGGUGGCCCGAUGAGAUCGUGGGCAAGGCCGCCACCUUCUGCAGGGGGAUCGUGGCGAUGGGGGCGCAGAGCGAGCAGCUGCGGGGCUUCAUGGAGCGCGAGAUGCUCCGCGGCGCAUUUGCAGCGGUGGCAUCCUCAUCCGUGGCCCAGCGCGCGGACCUGCUGCAUCUUGCGCGAGACAUCCUCGCCCUGCAGCUGCCGCUGCCGCCCACUCCCCGCCAGGAGCUGCUGCGGUUGCCGGCGGUGAGUGCGGAGGUGGUGGCGGGUUUUGAGGCGGCCAUGAUGGCCACACGCAGCGAGAAGGACCAGCGCAACCUCAUACGCCGCCUGCUCUUCAACUCUGGUGCGGAGGAUCUGCAGAGGUCACUGGGCGACUGGCGGCCGGUCAUGGCGUUCGUGAAUCUGGCAGAGCCAAAACUGCGCGUGAGGCAUGCAUCUGUGGACGAAGAGGGAUCGUCCUUCCACAUCCCAACAUGA